CCCGAGGGCGCGGAGCGGCCCUGCCCCGGGAGGCGACAGCGGCCCGCGCCGUCCGGCGAGCCUGCUGUUCACUUCGUGUUCUGUCAAAUGUACUUUGGCACACAAUGAAACGUAGGCAACCUCAGCCUUUAACUUUGAGCUGGAGGAGGUCGAGCUGUUUAUCUUCAGUUUAAGAAAGCAAAACUGCAUGGGAAGUUUAUGCUCUAGCAGAGCCUUAGUGUCCAGGCCAGACAUCAAAUUAAGGAAACUGACCUUGAGAAGUACAUUCCUGUAUUGCUGUUGGUGUAUCAGAAAGCUGAUUCAGCACCCAUUAAGGACCAAUGUACCCAAUAGCUCAUGGAAGAAAAAAAUCAAAACAGGACAUCCUUGGUUUCCAGGCUACCGAAAUAUGGAACGAAAACUUUAGGGACUGUUUUGCAACCUAUGCCAAACGGGACGGCUGUGAACUUAGCAGGGAGUAACGGUGGCAAAAAUUUCAGCAAGCACAAUGGCACUGUUGGAAUGUCUUCCUUUGCUUUCAACUGGAAAAAAUCAAACAAAUAUCAGCUUAACGAUCAGAAUGGGAGAGAGGCCAACGCCAAACGCAACUCUAAUGAAAAAUUAAUUGAUCCUGAGAAGUACCCUCAAUCUCAAGGAGCAUUGGGCAAUGAUGAGCUCAGGGUGGGUUUGAACAGUACUGCUUCAGUUGCGUCAAAAGCAGCAAAGCAAACCAAUAUGUUUGUAUCUUCUACUGAGGAAUUAAAUCCAAAGUCUAUACCUGGACUGUCUAGUUCAGCUAAAUUCACCAAAGGUACCCUGUCAGGAAGGACAUACUCUGGACUUAAUGCUCCAAGAUCAAAUUUAAAUGGAUUUUAUGGAAAUCGGCCGGUGGUAGGUUUGCAGAGACCUAGAGCUAAUUCUAGUGCCACUAGGACAAGUUUGGGAGAAACCCUGGCACAUUCUACAGACAAUGCUAGCAAGGCUUUUUCCUGUGACAAAAUGGUAAGAUCACAAAGUUUUUCACAUUCCAUUCAGAAUUCUUUCCUUCCCACUGCAUCUCUAACCAGGUCACAUUCCUUUAAUAAAGCUGUGGAUCUUACAAGGCCUUAUCAUAGUCAAAAUCUCGCUGCCAGGACAUCUCAGAGGUCUACUCUGCUGUCAAGAAACGCGUGUCAGUUGGAUGUACCCAAUGGAAAUGAGCCGAUGAAGUAUGGGUUUACCAGACCGUACUCGGCUAUGUCAGCUCCUUGUUCCAAGAAACCCCCACUGUCAAAUGGAUCUGGGUCAGCACCUUCCUAUGGAUACAGAUUAAGUCGGCCUUCUCUGCUGAAGCCUACCAGGCAGAGGUUUGCUGGGAAUACUGUUGUGGAUGGCAGCAAAAGUGUGGCUCCGGACACGCGCAUGGUGGAGAGCGCAGAGAUUUCAGCAAACAUCAACAGAGCCGUUGAUAAAAACAGUAUUCUAGAGAGCAGGGCUCAAAGAACAGAACCUGGUGAGGCCUUGCAUGAAAGUCUGGGAAAACAUGGGUCAAAAGUGAUGUGUAUGAGCGAUGAUGGAGAUGAAAUAUCUAUAUCUUCUUUGUCAUCCUCUGAGAAAAACGAUUUGAGUGAAGACUUCAGUGACGAUUUCAUAGAUAUAGAAGAGGCAAACAGAACUGUACAAAUCCAGCAGAAGGAGAGCUGCCUUCAGGAAUUAGAGCAUGGGAGCAGAACAUCCAUCGAGCCGUUCACUUCUCUCAAGGAAGGUGGAGGAUCUUGCUGUAAUGCUGAUGACUGGCUUGAUAUAAAUGUGUCUGCAGUGGAUGACAACAGUGAAAGCACAAAACACACUACUGAGAAUGUCAUCUCUUCAGAGAUGAACUACAGAGCUGGCUCCUCCUUUGAGCUUUCUCCAUCUGACAGCUCUGAUGGCACAUAUAUGUGGGAUGAAGAAGGGCUGGAACCUAUAGGAAGCGUCCAUCCGUGUGGAAGUUACGACUCUUCAGAAAUGAACAGCAUAGAUAUCUUGAAUAAUCUUGAUUCAUGUGAUCUUGAAGAUGAUGAUCUCAUGCUUGAUGUGGACCUGCCUGAGGACCCACCUCGUGACAAAGAGGAAUGUGAAAAUAUGAGUCGUUAUGAGAGACAAGACAGAAAUACGAGACAGCAUCAAGAGGGAUUCUGGAAAAGAACACCACAACAGCGAUGGAAUACACAGGAGCACUAUCAUCUUGGCCAUACUGACCAUUAUAUCCAUGGUAAAAAUGAUUUGAACAGGGGUUCAAACUACCUGGAGCCUGCCGUGGGUCCCCUGGAGAGCUACGGGGCGGGCAGCGGUUACGCGGCGCCGCAGGCGCUGCCGGAGAACACAGUGAUGCUGGACGAGAUGACGCUGCGGCACAUGGUGCAAGACUGCACCGCCGUCAAAACCCAGCUCCUCAGGCUCAAGAGGCUGCUGCACCAGAAUGAUGAAAAUGUGUCACUCCAGGAUAUCACAUUCUCAGUUCCAUCGAGUCCAGAACCACAAGAACCUGAGUCAACUUUUAAGAUGGAUGAUCUGCUGAACGAGAUCAGGCAGCUUAGAGAUGAACUGAGGAAAAAGGACGAAACAAUCAACCAAUUAGAACAGCAGCUUGCCACUAGAUGUAACUGCCAGAAGGACAGUCAAAAACCUCCAGUGGCAGUGCGCGCAUGUGCCGAUAAAUUCACACAAACCUCCUGGAGGAGGAGUUCUCCUCAAGUACUACAGCCUUCCAGCAGCCUUCCCAAUUCCACAGACCUCGCCCAGGGAAAACUAAUAAAAACUCCACAUAUCGAGGCCCACAGUGAAUAUCCUAAACCAGAUCUGCAUGACAAUAGAAAUCAUCAGAAUCGAAAUGCUGCAAAUAUCUCUCUCCCAAAUAGCCUGAAUGACGUAAACUCUUCAACAAGUGUACAGUUAAACACAAAAGAUGAAAAUGCAUCAUAUUUGGACAAUUUGAAGAACAAAAACACUGAAGACCCUGGAGAGGUGGCUAGUAAUAAGAAAGGUACAUUACCACCUCGCCCCCACUUUCAGACCUCUACACAAGCUGAUGCUCCAGAGGUGCAGACUGGAUUACCUGUGAAAGGUCAACCUUCAUUCACAAACCAGGCUUCUCAGCCAAAGACUUCAAGAAUCGUGAAACCCCCAACUGCUUUAGUGCCUCCUACCAUGGCCGUUCCCAUACGAUCUGCAGAUCACUCUGCUGCUUCCAAGGAACGUGAGCUUCUACCACUGAGUAGUUCCACUCAGCCACAGCCAACAUCUGGGCAGGAUAACCUGAAGGGUAAACAGAGUCAGAAAGUGUCUAAACUUCGCCCACCAACUACAUCCUUUGUCAAAUCCAAGCAAGUGAGCAGUCAGAAAUCCACGCCAGUACCUCCAGAGCCUCAGAACACCUCCCUAAAGUCUAACAUCCCAAGGCCACCAGUCCAGAGAAAGGAAAGUGUGCAGACGCACUCCGCUGGGGUGCAUUCCGGGGACAGCAUGCCCUCCGGUCGGCAUUCCCGCCUCCCGAAACCAAAGACACACUGAGGCUGUCCCGCAUCUCAGCGCUCGAUGCCACGCCAUGUCCCACUUCCCGUCCUGAGACUGCCUUGGAGCCUGCUGUACCUGCAGCUUGCAAAUCCUGGGUCACUGUUCCAAACUGCAUCUUCUUUAGGGUUUGCAUUCUCCAUCCUGCUGUGUUCUGAGGCUGAUGUUACAAGCUGUGCAGUUUCUCUUGAGAGUGCUUUAUUUUAUCAUUUAUCUGUAAUAAAGAUGGUAUUGCAAUCUUUGUAAUUAAGCAAAUACUGAAGUCUGUGGUAACCACAAAUGCCAGAAUGCUGCACUAUUUAUUUCAGGAUGGCAGAAAUUAUUUCUUACCUCUGUUUGAAUUAUUAGACAGUGAAAUUGCUGUUCUGUUUAACUUCUUGGUUCUGAGUACUCAUUAGGUCAGAGUGGUAGAAAAUUAGACUGACUAGCAGAUGUUUUAUUGGCCAUAAUUCUGACUCUGUAUUCCAGAGGCCUAUGCAAAAAUCCUUGUAUUUAUCAUUCUCUCAAAACUGACAUAUUUAAUGUUAUUUAAUCUCAUGGGUUGGGUGGGUUGUGUUGUUUUGUUUUGCUGUAAUCUGAAGUAGCUCUGUUCUUUAUUUAUCCUGUUUUCACUGUUCACAGACAUUAGGCAGAUUUCACAGGGUGAAACGAAUCUUCUCGCUUAAACAUCCUCAUUUGUUAAAUGAUUGUGGUAUGUUUUUAUUGUGUUGAAUAGACACAUUACUGUGUAGAUUCUUGAAAUGCAGUGCUAAGGAUGUUUGUCCAAACCUUCCAAUGCAGGCUCUUAGGAAUUGGUAAGUAGGGAGCCUCUGGGAAUAAGGGGUCCAGAACACCUAUGUUGAGGUUGCACAACAUGCAUUUUAAUUAAUAUUUUAAACUUUUAUUGUUCUGCUUGUAUUUAUUGAUUUCUGUUUAAUAUUGAAAGGCUCUGAAGUACCUGACUUGAAAUUUUGCACAAACUUUGCCAUAUGUGUAAGAAUUUGAAACUAUUUUACAGAAUAAAACUUAUAUUAAAAAUGCAACUAUUUUUUAAAAAGGAAAAAAAUUAACCCCACUUAUUUGCUUUGAGCAAUCCUAUUAUGUCCUAAUUCAGAGCUGGUACUCUUAAGAGUUUUUCAAAGAUGUGUUAUUUCGGGUUUUUUGUAUUUUUUUUUUUUUUUCUUUUUUGUAAUUUCUGAAGAAGUGCAUAACUGGUAAGGAGCUUCUUGGGGAAAUUAAGCAGAAAAAAAAAAAUCUACAUUUUUGUACUCUCUAGGAGAAAUAUUUUUUUCUGAAAGUAGUCUUGGUGCACUCUGGGACCAUGACACGAAUGAUGCGAGUUACAUGUGCGCAUAUCCAGUGAAGCUUUGCAGAAAUUUUUUAUGUUCCAUCUCCAAUUCUUCCCAUCUUUCCCAUUACUCUCUUGGAUGCCCCUGGUUUUGUUUUUUUUGUGGGUUUUUUUGUUUUUUUUUUUUUUUCCUGUUCUUGAGUUGGUUUUAAAAUCAUCAGCAGAAGGCUGCUGCAACAAAUUUGGCCCAUAAUCUGUUCCUGAAAAGCACAUCAUGUCAGUAAAAUGCAACACAGUGUUAUUUUGUUCUAGGCUCUGGCUGUAGGACAUUGACAUAUUACAGUAUUUUCUUUGAGAGAAUUAAAGUGAGUAGGUGUAAACAUUUCAUAAAUGAAUUCAAUAUUCAGCUUCUAUAAUAUAAGCCCUUUAAAUGGGGGUAUCCUGAUGGAUACGUCAGUUGGGUGAAGGAAAAAAGAGUCAUCUCACCUGAGUUUUCAGUACAUUGUUGAUAUUCAAGAAUUAUUUUGGAUUUCUUACACUGUAAUUUUAUGUAACUGAAGAUGGAGCAGAAAAAUGAAAAGCUUGGGGAGGGAAAUGGGUAGGGGGAGAUUCUUUUUCUGAACUACUUAGAUCAGUCUGAAAUAAGGGACCUGCAGGACCUUCUGUGAACUGAGGUGAUGACAAUGUAAGCAAGACAUGACAAGACAAAUAAUGUUGUUAUAGUUGGUAUAGGAUCAGAAACCACAAUGUGAGAUAGCAGUAACAAUUAUGCUCUGGUAAUAAAUUAUUUCCACAAAAAGCAUUGAAUUAGUGGUAUUUAGUGUACGUAUUUACUUUCAAUAAGAAAAUAAAACUCACUUUUUUAUAUUCCCCAAAACUAGCUCCUGGCAGCUAACUGUGUUUCUCAGGAGUUUAAAGACUGCUGAGGGAAUGAUCAGAUUCCUGGUUCAUUUUCCGGUCCAUAUAGAUUUCUAUGGAAGGUGUGUUUUUUAAGUUUACUUUCCUUGAAGAGAAGCUGAUUUUAUUGUUAGUUGUAUAUGAUUUUGUGUAAAAAUACAAUUUUCACCUAAUGUUAUUGACAGAAAUUCAUCAUCUGCUUCAUAUUCUGGAGGUAUCGCCAGCCUGAUUUAGUGAUGUUUCAAUUUUUAUGUUUACAUUUAAAAGUAUAGAUAUCUAUACCUUUAUUCAUAUCUGCACCUUUACUGAAAAUUAAGGAGAUGAUCAAAGCAAAUUAAGCAAAGAAUAUCGAGAUGGUAAAGGUUUUCAUUAAAAAGACAGCUCCUAAUUUUUCUUUCCAGAACAAAAUCUUAUAUUUAUAUGGGCGUGUACAUAUGUAUUAAAGGAACAUAAGUAGAUUAUAGUCCUUUUUUAUAGCAUUUCCCCAUUUUGUUCUGACAGGUUAGUGAGACACUGAGCUGGAGCCAGCAGGAUUUGAUCAUGGAUGAGACAGAUGCUAGCCAGGCUUGUGUUUGUGUUCAGCUGCUAACCUCGCAUCCCUCUAGGACAACUGCAUGUUUGGGCUCUUUACCAGGGAAGGCUCUGUUGCACGUAUAGUAAGUCCAGAGUAUGGCAAAGCCUGUCACGAGAUGGGCAGCUGGGAGACAAGUGGUGAAGUGAGAUUUGAAGCUUCACCUUGGUGAAAGAUGGGCUUUGGGGAGUGAUGGAUGAGAGGGCACUGAGAGUGCUUGUCAAAUGGGAUUAAGAGAGUAUUUUCAGGUAUUAUAUCUACCUUAUGGAAGGUGCAGAUAUAUCAUCAGUACUGGUGCAGAUUAUCCAAAAUGUGUACAUUUAAGUAUUUGAUAUCUUCAGGGUUUUUUUUUUUUUAGGUUUAUAAAACUGAUUUAUUGCCAUUUUUUUUGUUUUGAUUUCUCAUUCUUUUGUGCAAUAUUCACAAAAGUAUUAAACUACUGUUCAGUAUGUGUGUACAGAGGCAAUUACGCAUUUUAACAAGUGAAUAAACACAAAAGAAAAGAACAGAAUUGCACUUUAAAUGAGCUUUAUUGCUUGGAGUUGUGCCUAAAAUUAUCUAGAUGCCUCCUGCUGUGUGUGGCUUUUGUUUGAAACAAAUUUCCCCUGUAGUGUUGCUGUUUCCAAGGUAUUUUCACAUCACUUUCACAGGAUCGAUAUGCACUCUAGCAUGUUUAAAAGUAUUCAUAUAGCGUACUGAGUUUUUGUUGUGCAAUGACUUUAAUUUAACCGUGGAAUUCUAACACUGAUGAUACAGCCAAAUCAUUAUUACCUUCCCCUUCCCUGAAGCAAGCACUUCCUACUGCCAAUCAAAGCCAAUGGCAAAAUUUCCCUAGGACUAGCAUAGCUCUUAAAGAAGAAUGGUCCCAGAAUAUGGUUGUGAGAAAAAAAGUGCAAUAUUAUCUCUCCAACUUUCUCAAAAUAAUUACGAAGGCCCUGAAAAUCCAAAAUGACACAAUUUUGAUACAGUUUGAAAAAAAAAAGAGUUCCUCAACUUUCCAUUUUAUAGCAGUGAGAGUAGGCAUAGCAACUAGACUGCAUUAUAGGUCAGUACAGUUCAUUUCAGCCUUUAUCUAAAUGCUGAUUUGUUGUAACGAUGCCUGAAAACUGAAUACCAUUUGCCUGAUUUCCUUUGUUUGCAUGUCACAGCCAUAUGCACAUUCUAAAGUGUCAUACUGGGGUAGAUUGCAUGUUGCGGGGGGGAAGUAUUUCUGGUUUUGCACAGCACAUAAUUCUCUUAAAAUGUACAUUUUCUUGCCGUACAAAUGGAAAUCAGUUCUUGAAUUGGGCUUCCGUAGCUGUUCCUUAUCUCGUUACAGAGGCUUUUCCUGAGCAGAGUGGAUUUAAUGUGAUCCUGGUGGUAGGGCUCAGUGUAGUCAUCUUACAACUGUGCUUUCAAGGAAAUUCAGUCACUGUUAUGGUAAAGCUGCUCACUGCCUACUAAUUGUAAAAGCACCACCAUAAAACCAACAUAAUUCCUGUGUAGCAAAAUCUUCAAUUCAAUUCAAUACUAGCUAAAACAAGAGGUACCCUUACUAUCUGCUUUGUUGUUUUUGGUUUUUUAACCCAGGCCAGAGUAAAUACUGUAUAUUGGAAUUUGCUUGUAAAGUUGAUUAAAAAACCUGUAAGUAAAAAUUCUUUCCUCAAUGUUGCUCUAGUGAAUAAAAAUAAAAGUCAUAAUUCUAAUAAGUA